UAUGAAGGAGGUGGGAGAGGCUCAGAGGCUCACAGACACACUGUGCCUCAGGAUGGCUAUCAUUGUUUCUAUUGCUGCUACACACUCAGGGAACUAACUGGAACCUUCCAUCACUGCUGUUCUUCUCUCGCUACCUGCACAACCCCAGCAUUUUGGAACAUUGCACUUAGUGGAGCACAAGGAUACCUGGAUCUGCAGCACGCAAAAAAAGGCUUUGGAUUGAGGGACAAUGAUGUUCCCUACAGUGACAUGGCUCCUGUUUGUAGCAGGCCUGUUGGGUGUCUGGUCUCAGGACUACUAUGAGGAGAGAACAAUGAACAAGAGACCCAGAGGCAGGGGGGCCCAGCUGCGAGCUGCAGCCGCAGCCACUGCACCUAACGGGCAAAAACAUAAUAGACAAGAUGAGGACUGCGGUCUGGAGCUUACUUUUCUGCUGGACAGCUCUGAGAGUGCCAAGGAGAACCAUGAGCAGGAGAAGCACUUUGCCAUGGAUGUGGUGGACAGGCUCCAGGCUGUCCGUCUGCAGACCGGUCGCAGUCUGAGCUGGAAGGUGGCCCUGCUGCAGUACAGCAGUCACGUCAUCAUCGAGCAGACCUUUAAGCAGUGGAGAGGCACUGACAACUUCAAGUCCCACAUCACCCCCAUUUUAUACAUCGGUCACGGCACCUACACCACCUACGCCAUCACCAACAUGACUAAGAUGUACCUGGAGGAGUCCAUCCCAGGCAGCAUCAAGGUGGCCGUCCUACUCACUGACGGCAUCUCCCACCCCAGGAACCCAGACAUCUUCUCAGCUGCCGCCGACGCCAAGAACCAGGGGGUGAAGUUCUUCACGGUGGGCAUCACCCGUGCAGCCAAUGAGCCAGCCAACGUGGCCCAGCUCCGUCUGCUGGCCAGCUCUCCUGCUUCCCGAUACCUCCACAAUCUACAGGAUACUGAUAUUGUGGAGAAAGUCCUCACGGAAAUUACUGACCUGGCUGACAAGGGGUGUCCCCUGGCCCAACGAUGUGCCUGUGAGAAGGGCGAGAGAGGGCUCAGUGGUCCAACUGGGAAGAAGGGUCGCCCAGGAGAUGAUGGAGCCCCUGGUCUUAAAGGAUUGAAGGGAGAGGGAGGACUAAGUGGACUUCCAGGUCGGGACGGCGGAGAGGGAAAACCUGGUUACAAAGGAGAGAUGGGUGAGAGGGGCGAGUGUGGCAUUCCAGGAAUUAAAGGAGACAGGGGUCCUGAGGGUCCAAUGGGCUCCAGAGGUGUCAGAGGUCUCCAGGGUAUACCCGGACCACAGGGUGACAUGGGACCUGAGGGCCCUCAAGGAAAGAAGGGUGACCGGGGUCUAACUGGGCCGCCUGGAAUUCAGGGAGAAACUGGUAUUGGACUUCCUGGACCAAAGGGUGAUCUGGGAUUCCAGGGAAGACUCGGCCCCCCUGGUCCGCCAGGGCUGGGUGAACAUGGCCAGCCAGGGCCUCAAGGGCCACAAGGUGUUCAAGGGGAGAAAGGACCCCAUGGCGAGGGGCUCCCUGGACCAAAGGGAGACCGGGGGCUGGAUGGACCGAGGGGGCCUAGAGGACAAACGGGUGCAGGAAUCAAAGGAGAAAAGGGUGAGUUCGGGCCUCCAGGUCAUCCAGGACUUGUUGGACUUACAGGAGCGGGCAUCCAGGGGGAGAAGGGAGUGGAGGGUCCCAGGGGUCCACCUGGCGGCAGAGGGCCACAAGGAGAGGGCUUACCUGGACCUAAGGGCGAUCAAGGUUUACCAGGAGAGCUUGGAGUUACAGGGGAAAGAGGCGUUGGUGAGCCAGGGCCAAAGGGUGAGCCUGGUGCAUAUGGCCUGGCUGGCUUACCUGGUCUUCCAGGAGAGGACGGGGCUCCAGGACAGAAGGGUGAGUUUGGUAUCGCUGGCCUCAGAGGUUCUGAGGGCGCAGCAGGGAUCGGCAUCCAGGGCGAGAAGGGAGACCAGGGUCAGAGGGGCAUCCGUGGAUUACAUGGACCUUCUGGCAUUACCGGACCCUCAGGGGCAAAGGGGGAGCCUGGCACACCGGGCCGACUGGGCAUGUCAGGACUACCGGGACGGGCCAUUGCAGGUCCUAAGGGUGAUCUGGGCCCCCCUGGUCCGUCUGGGCCUAUUGGAGAGACAGGCUAUGGGCUGCCUGGGCCGAAGGGCGACCGCGGUAAUUCUGGUCCACCAGGUCAAUUUGGGCCCAAAGGUGAAGGUUUCCCUGGACCAGUGGGUCCUCCAGGUCUUCCGGGUCUACAGGGAGAGCAGGGCCCUGAGGGCAUAGGCAUCCCAGGACCUAAGGGAGACAUUGGCUUCAGAGGAUUACCAGGUUUGCCAGGCCCAACGGGAGAGGGUGUGCAAGGACCACCGGGUAACAUUGGAAGGCCAGGACCACUUGGUCCAACAGGGCCACCAGGAGAAGGUUUGCAGGGCCCCAAGGGUGGGCAGGGGUCUCAGGGUGUGACAGGGCCAAGGGGACCCUCAGGGGAAGGAUUCCCAGGAUCUAAGGGUGACCGUGGCUUGCAGGGUGAGAGAGGAAAUAAGGGCGGAAAGGGAGAUCUGGGAGAUCAUGGAGUUCAUGGAGAGUCUGGGAGACCAGGAAUAAAAGGUGAAGCCGGCCUUACAAGAGAAGACAUCAUUAAAUUGAUCAAGGAAAUCUGUGGAUGUGGAGUGAAGUGCAAGGAGAUGCCAAUGGAACUUGUAUUCGUCAUUGACAGCUCAGAGAGUGUUGGUCCGGAAAACUUUAAAAUUAUCAAGGACUUUGUCACAGCGUUGGUAGACCGUACCACUGUUGGACGUAACACCACCAGAAUUGGACUGGUCCUGUACAGUCUGGAUGUCAAACUGGAGUUCAACCUGGCACGCUACAUGACCAAGCAGGAUGUUAAGGAGGCCAUCAGGAAAAUGCCCUACAUGGGUGAGGGCACUUACACUGGCACUGCCAUCCGGAAGGCUACCCAAGAAGCCUUCUACAGUGCCCGUACUGGAGUCAGGAAGGUGGCCAUUGUCAUCACAGAUGGAAAGACAGACAAACGAGAGCCUGUGAAGCUAGACAUUGCUGUGAGGGAGGCCCAUGCUGCCAACAUUGAGAUGUAUGCCCUGGGGAUUGUCAACACCUCAGAUACAACCCAGGCCGAGUUCCUCCGUGAGCUCAAUCUGAUCGCCUCGGACCCUGACAAUGAACAUAUGUACCUCAUCGACGACUUCAACACUCUACCAGCUCUGGAGUCAAAACUUGUUAGCCAGUUCUGUGAGGAUGAGAAUGGAGCCCUUGUGAUGAAUCGCAUCGCUAAUGGCUUUGGAACCAAUGUGAACAAUGGCUAUGGGAACCACAGAUAUGUACCGGAAGCCUAUGGGAAUAACGGCCAUGGGAAUAACGGCUAUGUGGACAGCAGCUAUGGAAACACCUAUCAUGAGGAUCCUAUCCUAAAUCCUAGUAGACGUACCAGUUCCCAGAGUUACAUCAGAGGCCGUGGAGAUACCUUUGCUCUGCCCCUCAACGCUGGACCUCUCCCAUUGCAGGUGGAGGAGGAUGAGGAGGGUGAAGAUUUAGACAUAAGGACCCAUGUGCGAGGAGGAAUUGUGGCUGUAGUUAACAAGACAAUAUCCAUCCUCCCUGCAAGGGAAAGCUCCCACUCCAACACAACUGUUUCAUCAUCAUCAGGAUCAGCAUCAUCACCCUCCGGAACAUCGGGUUCAGCUUCAUCCACCAGCUCAGGCCAAUUUCGGCCGGUAUCAAUUCCUAAUACUAUUUUCCCCCAAGAGUCUGUCCAGCUUGAUUCCCGCUGUAAGCUGAGUUUGGACCAAGGCACCUGUCGAGAGUAUAAAAUCCGGUGGUAUUAUGACAAACAGGCCAAUUCAUGUGCACAGUUCUGGUAUGGAYGCUGUGAAGGAAAUGCCAACCGCUUUGAGACCGAGGAUGAAUGCAAGAAGAUCUGUGUUCUAUCUAGGACAGCUGGUUAAAACAGGCAGAUGAUCAAUCAACUCAUCUGUACAAUAUUCCAUGGAAACCAACCAAAGUGGAGGAGACAAUUUUUAUAUUUAACAUGUAAUAGUCUACUACUGUUUGAUAUCUAAAUAUAUUUUAAAACAGGCAUUUAUCAUUGGGGAAAAACUCCACUUUGCAUCUCUCUCUGGGGGAAAAAACUCCACUUUGCAUCUCUCUCUCGCUCUCUCUKUCGUGCAAAGAAUGAGGGACAGACCACUUCAAGAUUUCAUGAAGUUGCCUUCAUUUUCAGAUGUUUUACUAUCUGAACAACACCUUCCUUAAUGAACAAGUCUUUAUGAUGACUUUAUUUGAGGAAGUCUGAAUUUGAAGAAAAUAUAAGGGUGCUAUGGUAUUUUACUACAUUAGAAAAGUGGUCCUACCUUACUCUCGUUAUUUUGCAGAAUUAACUAACCCAUUCAAUGCCUCAAUGUUACUCAACUUUACCUUAGGGCUUAGGCUGUUCUGAACAGAGAGGAUAGGUUCAAACCCAGCUUUUGUCAUUUCAGGUUUACAUGAGAAAACAUCACACAAUGUAAAUUCUCAAACCACUGAGCCAAGCACAUUAUGCUGUUCCACACUGAAUAUUGUCUUAUAAUAUCGGAAUAGAGAACUAUAGAAUACAUCAUUUUUUGUAGUAUAUGUUUUGAAUUUUAAAAAUGAAUUAAGCUAACUAAAUAAUGUAGGUGUGGUCAUUAUUUUUAUUGUUUGUUUAAUGAUAUUAAUUAUUCCAUUUUGGCGAUAUAGGCCAGGUGGCAGGACUACAAGUGACAGUAUGCAAUUUACUAAGCAUUUUUCUUCCAAAACGUGUUGGAAAAUGUGAUGAUUGGAAAUUGCACAUCACUGUUGAUGGAAAAAGCUCAUUUGAAAUAAAUUACCACAUUUUUUGUUGUUGACUGGUUUGAUGAUUGAUGAUUUUGUAAUAAAACGUUGAAUGUG